AUGAACUUCGGAUCAUUGGGUUUCCGUGUGCUUGUGCCACUCAUGCUCGCGGGUUUGGUCUCUGCACAAAACAUCACAAGCAUCGUCACCUCCGUGCGAGACCCCGUGAGCCUCAACGGAGCCACUGGCAUUGCCAUCUCGGGUGAUUUUGCCUAUGUGACCGCAGAAUAUGACGAUGGCAUCACCAUUCUCAACAUCGCGGAUCCCGGCAACCCCACCCUUGUGGGGAACAUUGCAGAUCCUCAGCUGAAUGGUGCCGCCGGCAUCGCCAUCUCUGGGGACCAUGCUUUCGUGAGCUCCUACUUUGCCGGCCUGACAGUGAUUGACAUCGCUGACCCCAGCAACCCAACAAUCACAAGCUCCCUCUACAACAGCACUCUACUCAAUGGAGCUUUUGAUGUCAAAGUCGUGGGGGACUACGCAUACGUGUCGGCAACUUAUAGCCACUGUUUCGCGGUGGUCGACAUCAGCGAUGUUAGCGCUCUCAGAAUCGAAGGCUGGAUCCAGGACCAAACGGUACUUACCUGGGUCAAGGGCAUGGAGGUUGUUGGCGACUACGCUUACCUGGCCGCACACGAGAGUGACCGCCUGGCCGUGAUCAACAUAACGGAUCCCAGGAACCCUGCCGUCGCAGGAUUCGUGCAGUCUCAUCUGCUUGAAGGAGCUGAGGAUGUGGUCGUGGUUGGGAACUUCGCCUAUGUGAGCGCGAAGAGAUGGGGGUCCACGCCGGGCAUCACUGUUGUCAACAUCGCCGACCCAAGCAAUCUCACUAUCGAGUCCGCGAUCUUCGAUUCGGACUUGUUCUGCGGCAUCGCUGGCAUCUCCGUGGCUGGGAGCCAUGUGUACACAGCGUCAAGCUGCAAUCAAAUCACAGUGGUUGACAUUACUACCCCAACCUCUCCGUCCAUCUACAGCAACAUCACAGGCUACUCGGACCACCGAAAGAUUGCAAUUGCCGGGGACUUGGCUUUUGUGACUGCGGGAGAGGAUGACGGUCUGGCCGUGGUGAGCAUCAACAAUCCGAGCAAUCUCAGCAUUGCAUCCUUCUACUCUGACUUCGCUAACGGCUUCCUGGAAUCCCCUGAGUUCAUUGCGGUCUCUGGGGACUAUGCUUACAUCACGGGAGAAGCAGGUAGCCUUGCGGUGUUCGAUAUCAGCAACCCCACUAGCCCACGCCUCCACGGGGUCGUUCGUGAUGCAGAGAAGCUGGAUGGUGCCGAGGGCCUCGCGAUCGCCGGCAACUAUGCCUACGUGGCGGCCAAUGACUACGACGGCUUGGUUGCUGUUGACAUUAGCAACCCUAGCAAUCCCACUAUUGCAGGGUUCCUCCAGGACGAUGACCAAUUUGAUGGGGCCACAGACGUCGCGAUUGCCGGGCACUAUGCCUUUGUGACAUCAUACGAUGAAGACAGGGUGACAGUUGUGGACAUCAGUGACCCCAGCAACCUGACCGUGGUAAGCUUCUUGAAAGACAACAGUCUCGACGGAGCCGAGCAGAUUGUGAUCGUUGGGGACUACGCCUACGUAAGUGCCUACAGGGAGGACUCCUUGACCGUUAUCAACAUCGCAGACCCGCGCAACCUCACGAUUGCAGGCACCAUCAAGGACGACCGGCUUGAUGGAGUGCGCGGCCUUCAGAUUGUCGGGGACUAUGCAUUCAUGGCUUGCUACAGAGAGCACGGCAUGGCGUCGAUCAACAUUGCCGACCCCAGCAACAUGUCCAUUGCGCACUUCCUCCGAGACGACGAUCACCUUGAUGAUGCCAGACAGCUUCAGGUCUUGGGGAACUAUGCUUACGUGUCGACGAAUGAUCAUGAUGGCUUGGCCGUCGUCGACAUCAGCGACCCGUUCAAUCUCACGGUCGUGGAGUUCACGGAAAGCCUCCGGUAUUUCCAAGGAUCCAGAGGCAUUGCGAUCGUCGGAGGCCACGCUUUGAUUGUGGCACACGACACCGACAUGCUGACUGUGGUCAGCAUCCUCACGACCACAACCACGACUACGAUGGUGACAGUCACUGCCACGACGGAGACGGCUACCACGGAGACGGCUACGACGGAGACGGCCACGACGGAGACCGCCACGACGGAGACGGUCAUGACGUUGACGACCACUUCCACAAAGACCACAACCGAGACCCGGACUGCCACCUGGCAGACGGCCACCGCUACUGCGACGACCUCGGCAACCACUGUUGCUGCAGAGUCUCUCGACAUAAGCCAUGCCGUGCAAUUCGGAGGUUGGGCCCCACAAGCUUGUGCUGCAAUUUUUGCUUUUCUGAAUCUCUGCCUUUGA